GGGGAGUAGGAAAGAUUUGCCUGGUCUCCUUUUAAAUAUAAAAAAACCACGCCUGCAGGAAGAAACAAAUUCGCCCCAUCCCACCCCUCCCAAAGCUCCGAUAACUUCGUCACUCAUGGCGGCUGCGGCGUCCACUUCCGUCUCUGUAUCCACUCCUUACUCCUCCUCUUUCCGUAAUACCCUAAACCCUCCGACCUUUGCCCUCCCUCACAGCAUCAGAUUCAUUUCUUCUUCCAAUUCUUCUCUAAAAGCGCUUCAUGCUCGAGUUCUUCCUUCCUUUGGCUCUGCCUCCGCCUCUGCCCUCUCAGCUCACUCGGUCUCCGCUCCAGCCACCAUUCAGGCGCAGCCCCCUCUCGAUUUCGAGACCUCUUUAUUUAAGAAGGAGAAAAUCACCCUCGCGGGCCGCGACGAGUAUAUUGUAAGAGGAGGUAGGGAUUUGUUCAAUCUGUUGCCGGAUGCAUUCAAAGGUAUCAAACAGAUUGGUGUUAUUGGCUGGGGCUCACAGGGCCCUGCUCAAGCUCAAAAUUUGAGGGAUUCUCUUGCAGAAGCAAAGUCGGAUAUUGUGGUCAAGAUUGGUUUAAGGAAGGGUUCCCGCUCUUUUGAUGAGGCAAGGGCUGUUGGGUUUACUGAAGAAAAUGGAACCUUAGGAGAUAUAUGGGAGACUAUCUCUGGCAGCGACCUUGUGCUGUUAUUAAUAUCAGAUUCAGCUCAGGCUGAUAACUAUGAAAAGAUUUUCUCUCACAUGAAGCCAAAUAGUAUACUUGGGCUAUCGCACGGAUUCCUUCUUGGCCAUUUGCAGUCGAUGGGUCUUGACUUCCCUAAGAACAUCAGUGUUAUAGCUGUGUGUCCAAAAGGAAUGGGCCCAUCAGUUAGGAGGCUGUAUGUGCAGGGAAAAGAAAUCAAUGGGGCUGGAAUCAAUUCGAGUUUCGCAGUCCACCAGGAUAUUGAUGGUACUGCCACUGAUGUUGCUCUUGGGUGGUCAGUUGCCCUUGGUUCUCCUUUUACUUUUGCUACUACCCUAGAGCAGGAGUACAAGAGUGACAUAUUUGGUGAAAGGGGGAUUUUACUUGGUGCUGUUCAUGGCAUUGUGGAGUCACUGUUUAGAAGGUACACUGAGCAUGGAAUGGAUGAGGAACUUGCCUAUAAGAAUACUGUGGAGUGUAUAACUGGAAUUGUUUCUAAGACCAUAUCAACACAGGGAAUGUUGGCCGUGUACAACUCAUUGAGUGAAGAAGGAAAGAAAGAAUUUGAGAGUGCAUAUAGUGCUUCAUAUUAUCCGUGCAUGGAUAUCUUGUAUGAAUGCUAUGAAGAUGUAGCCACAGGUAGUGAAAUCAGGAGUGUUGUUCUGGCUGGGCGUCGCUUUUAUGAAAAAGAGGGUCUACCAGCUUUCCCUAUGGGUAAAAUUGAUCAGACACGAAUGUGGAAAGUUGGUCAGCGUGUCCGAGCGGUUCGACCAGUUGGCGAUCUUGGUCCUCUGUAUCCUUUCACUGCUGGUGUCUUUGUGGCACUCAUGAUGGCUCAAAUAGAGAUUCUGAGGAAGAAGGGGCACUCAUACUCAGAGAUCAUAAAUGAGAGCGUGAUAGAGUCUGUGGAUUCACUGAACCCAUUCAUGCACGCACGUGGCGUCUCGUUCAUGGUCGACAACUGCU